UUUUUUUUUCUUUUCUUUUUUAAAUUUUAAUAUGAGUAGUGAAAUCAACUGUAUUGCACUGAUUGGCAAACAAAACAACCCUUUGUUUAUAAAGAACUUUAGUACAUCUCAUCCAGAUUUGAAAUACCACUAUAUUGCACAUACAUCUAUUGAUGUCAUUGAAGAAAGGAUUGCCAAUGGACCCAAAAACCUUGAUUCUUAUCUGGGUUUACUGUAUGCUAUGGAAGACUUGGCAGUUUAUGGCUAUGUCACUAAUACGCGCGUUAAACUAGUGGUUGUUGUCUCUGUGACCGAUGGCACGAUUCGUGAUGCAGACAUGAAAGCGUUGUUUAAAAGGAUCCAUUCUGCUUAUGUAUCCAAUAUCUGCAAUCCUUUUUACAAUAUGGAUUCACAAAAAUCAAUCAACAGUAAAGCCUUUUCUCGGGCUAUUGAGACAAUAGGUUUAAAUGCACGUACAACAUUAGAUAUAUAAAUCCCCACUUUAUUGUUAUUUGUCUAAGCAGAUUCCUUAACAACCUUGGAGACUUCUUCCUUUUUACCGAAACUAAUCACAAUAAACACACUUGUUAUAUACACUAUAGACUUACUGGUUAUAUUGAAGGUAACGGUAA